AUGAAUACAAACCCUCUCGGUACAGGACGCGAGAACCUCAUCACCAAUCUCAACGAUCUAGGCUUCGGUUUCGGGUGUACUAAUAUACCGGUUAUAAUGACGUAUCCAGAGGCCUUCCCCCUCGCUUCUGCUGAUCUUUCGGUGUGCGUCGUCUCGGCGUGGGACGCUGAUGACCCAACGGAAGGCCUGAAUGCCAGAGUCACCUAUUCAAUCGAGAAAAACGUGAUCCACGAACAGACGAACGAAGCGAUAUUCGAAAUCCAUCCGAACACGGGCCUUGUGCGAACGGCGCUCUGCUGCCUCGAUAGGGAAACGACGCCUGAAUACGAGAUCCGGGUCGUGGCGGUCGACGGAGGGAGCCUCAAAGGUACAGCGACAGUGAUAGUGCGGCUGACGGAUGUGAACGACAACUCCCCCCGCCUGACGCAGCACAUGUGGCAGGUGGAUGUGAACGAGACGUGGGGAGCCGGACCGCCCGAUGACACGUCGCUUUUGGAAAUCACUGCUUCUGACCCUGAUACUACUAACUAUUUUUAUUAUCGCGUGGUGGAGCGCAGCGGGUGGGGCUGGGAGCACUUCGGCGUGCGGGCGGAGGGCGCCGUCGGCCACCUCUACGCCCGCCAGACACUCGACUACGAGGACGACACCCACAGAAGGGGAUUCAAGUUCAUGAUCCAAGUCACCGAUAGGGGACCAGGCGGAUGGGUUGACACUCGCCACACUGACACUGCUUGGGUAUCCGUCACUCUUCGAGAUCUGAACGACAACCCACCAGUGUUUCCACGCGUCCACACCCACAUCACUGUGCAGGAGGACAUCGCUCCUGGAUCGCUCCUCGUCACACUCCCCGCUAAAGAUCCGGAUAUGGGUAGAAAGGUGAUCCUCUCAAGCGGGCAAAAUUCCACCAGCCUGAACUUUGGUCUUCGUAUUAACACGCCUUCUCAUGCCAAGAUGCUAUUUUACGUCACCCUGCCGUUAAGAGGAAGAACAAAUAACAUUUCCAUCACACUUAUAAUCACACCUUCGUCGAGCAGUAGUUAUCAUUGUAUUUGA